ACAGUCGGUAUGGAAACAUUAUUGGAGUCACAUCAACGCAGUCAUGUACCAGAACAGCUUGUGAUGAAGGAACUGAGGAAAUCGCUACAUCUCUAGAAAAAUAUUUUCAACACUUCACAAUGGCUCAACGAUCCAACCAAAGUCUGAUUUCUGCCUUCUUUGGUCAGGCUGCGAAGAAACGCAGAACCGAUCAGGAAGAGAGGAUUGCUGUAGAUGCUACCGAGCCCGCUACUGAUUCUCCAUCGUUUGCAGAUGAUACAGUCGAACCUCAUCAGGCAAGUGAUGACAAAACUUUAGAGAAUAUUGCUCAGUGCUCAUCGGCAUCAGCAACUAGUAAUCCAGAUGCUGAACUCCACCACUUGCAGCACGACUCUUACACCACAUCAUCUACGGAAUCAAUGAGGUCAGAUGCAUGCCCUAAUUCCUCAUUAAAUGACAUUGGACAUUAUAUUGGUAAAACCAUCGAUGAACAUACUAAAAUGAAAUUAUUGGAGCAACCGUGGGUCCCACCAGAAAAUUACUCUUUUCCUCACUCAAAACGAUCUGUAUCAGGAAAAUCAAUAAAAAAUUUUCUUAGGCCAAGUCAUUUACAGGCACAUAAGGAUUGGCUCGUACUUUCCGAUGUAAAACAAGGGCUGUUCUGUAAAUACUGUCCGUGGUUCACUAAUCGUAAUGAGGGGGGCUACUGCAAGAAUGUUGCUCUAAAAACUCUUGUAACCGAACCUUUGAGAAAUUUCAAAAAAUUAACAGGAUCUGAUGGACACUUGGAAGUCCACUGCAAUACCCAAUAUCAUAAAGAUGCCGUGACAGCAGGGAAAAACUUUCUAAGAGUAUACCACUGCCCGAAAAUGGAAGUAAAUAACCUCAUCAAUGAAGAACGGCUCUCUCAAUCCCAGAAAAAUCGUCAGAAACUUCUUUCUAUAGUUAAAACUGUCAUUUUGCUUGGUAGGCAGAAUAUUCCUAUGAGGGGGCACAGAGACAUUGGCCACUCAAUUUAGAGAUGAGUGAUACAGUCUCUAAUGAGGGUAA